UGUGUGUGUGUGUGUGAGAGAGAGAAAUUUCCGCUUCCUGCACCCACAAGCUCUCCGCACAGUGUCGCGCAAACACUCCCAACCAGGCAAACACACAGAUAUCCGCUGUAGCUCCUUUACCCCGCGUGUUGCGGUGUGUGUUCUCUCCGUGCAGGACGUGUUGUUGUUGGAUCUGAACACAGAGUCACGGGCCCGGGUGUCGGAGCAGCAUGUCGGAGCGCGGAGGAGGGCUGCCGAGGAGCGGAGGCGCGCUGUGUCCGUCUCCGCAGCCCUCCAAGCCGGUGGCCAUAACCUCCAACCGGCCGGUACACAUGAACCUGUACGCCACCUGGGAGGUGGACCGCUCCUCUCCGAGCUGCGUGCCCAGACUGUUUAAUUUGACGCUGAAGAAGCUGGUCAUGUUGAAGGAACUGGAUAAAGAUUUGACGUCGGUUGUCAUCGCUGUUAAACUCCAGGGCUCAAAACGAAUCCUCCGCUCCAAUGAGAUUUUAUUGUCUUCAGCGGGACUGACGGAGACGGACUUACAGCUCACGUUCUCUCUGCAGUAUCCUCACUUCCUGAAGCGGGAUGCCAACAAACUCCAGAUCAUGCUGCAGAGGAGGAAACGCUACAAGAACCGCACCAUCCUGGGAUACAAGACACUGGCGCUGGGGCUCAUCAACAUGGCUGAGGUGAUGCAGCACCCUACAGAAGGAGCUCAGGUUCUGGGUUUACACAGUCAGCUGAAGGACGUGUCGGUUCCUGUGGCUGAGGUGCGAGUUUACUCUCUGUCCAGCCAACCGAUCGACCACGAGGGACCCAAAGCCAAGAUAAACGAUCGUUCUCCUGACAUCGACAAUUACUCUGAGGAGGAGGAAGAGAGCUACUCAUCAGAGCAGGAGGGGAGUGAUGACCCUGUUCAUGGACAGUAUCUGUAUGAUGAUGAUGAUGAAGUGAGAAAGAAGAAACCUAGACGUAAACACACAUCCGGGGCUGCCAUCACUCGGCAACCCAACAUCAAGCAGAAGUUUGUGGCCCUGCUGAAGAGGUUUAAAGUCUCAGAUGAGGUCGGUUUUGGGUUGGAGCACGUCUCCCGAGAACAGAUCCAGGAGGUGGAGGAGGACCUGGAUGAGCUCUACGACAGCUUGGAGAUGUACAACCCGAGCGACAGCGGUCCCGAGAUGGAGGAGACCGAUAGCAUCCUGAGCACACCCAAACCUAAACUAAGGCCGUUCUUCGAGGGAAUGUCGCAGUCCAGCUCACAGACGGAAAUCGGCAGCCUGAACAGCAAAGGAAGCCUGACCCGAGACCCCUUCAGCCCGCAGGGGGAGCAGCCUCCUUCAGACAAGAUGAAACACUCGCGCAGCCGCAACCUGGAUGAGACCACAGCCGAGCCUGACGUUACGGAGGUAAAUGAUCAGGAGCUCUUCCCCGAGGUGCCUCCCUCCAUUACCGUUUCUGUAGCUGAGAAACCACGCACACCACUGAAGACCAGCAAGAGCGAAGGACAAACCAUGCCAUCUCCUAGGUUGGAAGGAACACACACGCCUCGGCAGAAACGCAGCACUCCAAUGAAAGAGCGUCAGCUCUCGAAACCGCUGAGCGAACGAACCAACAGCUCGGACAGCGAGAGGUCACCUGAGCUAGGACACAGUGCACAGGUCCUCAGGAAAGCCAUGUACGAUCAGUUGAAUCAGAUUUUGGUGUCCGAUGCAGCGUUACCUGAGAGCCUCAUCCUUGUUAAUGGCACUGACUGGCAGGGCCAGUAUGUAGCUGAGCAGUUGCAGGUUCAGAAGCACCCAGUGGUGUGUACGUGUUCCUCAGCAGAGAUUCAGGCCGUUCUCUCCGCUGUGUUGACGCGCAUCCAGAAGUUCUGUAACUGUAACUCGUCGAUGCCGAGGCCUGUGAAGGUGGCAGUAGUUGGUGCUCAGUGUUAUCUGGGUUCCAUCCUGCAGUUCUUCGUCAGUCAGUUGGCCAAUAAGACGUCUGAUUGGCUGAACCACAUGCGCUUCCUGGUGGUUCCUCUGGGUUCCCAUCCUGUUGCUAAGCACCUGGGUGCCCUUGACAACCGCUACAGUUCAGUUUUCCUGGAUGGAGCGUGGAGGGAGCUGUUCAGUCGUCCAGAACCUCCUCAGUCAGACAUGUUGGACGUAGCAGGUCGUAUCACACAGUACAUCAGUGGAGCGUCUCUCACCCAUCAGCUCCCCAUCGCUGAGGCCAUGCUGACCUGCAAACACAGGACGAGGGAGGAAGAUUCCUAUCAGAAGUUUAUCCCGUUUAUAGGCGUUGUGAAAGUGGGUCUGAUCGAGUCGGGCCAGUCGUCUACAGGGGAUGCUGAAGAGGGCGUGUCUGUGAAUCUGGCCGUCCCCUCGACAUCUCCGCCCACUCAUGGCUCUCCAGCCAAUCUUAAAGAGACGGCCACGCCCCCUUCCUCACCUUCCAUGGGUGCUGUUUUAGCUGUACAAGGGAGCCCCAGCAUGUCUCACGGCGUGGACGCGAUCGGUCUGCAGGUGGACUACUGGCUGGCGUCUCUGGCGGAGAAGCGGCGCGAGGGUGAGAGGAGAGACACGGGCUGUAAGAACACUCUGAAGAGCGCGUUCAGGUCCCUGCAGGUCAGCCGUCUCCCCGGAGGGAGCGCCAGCGAACCCCACGCUCCCGUCAACACCAUGUCUAUGACCGUGGUCACCAAAGAAAAGAACAAGAAAGUGCCGACCAUUUUUCUGGGGAAGAAGCCUAAAGAGAAGGAGGUGGACUCGAAGAGUCAGGUGAUCGAGGGCAUCAGUCGACUCAUCUGCUCAGCCAAGCAGCAGCAGACCAUUCUGAAAGUGUCCAUCGAUGGGGUGGAAUGGAACGAUGUGAAGUUCUUCCAGCUGGCGGCUCAGUGGCCGACGCACGUGAAGUACCUCCCAGUCGGACUGUUCGGUUACAGCAAACCGGCCUCCUAGGAACCGCCCACUCAUCCUGUAACUCCGCCUCCCCCCACUGCAGCAGUCACCCCAUUGCACACAGCUGUAGCAGGGCAGUCGGAGGGAACCUGCCUAAAUGUUCAUAUCGUUUCAGAGAGCAGGCGUGUGGGCCGGACCGGGCCGGCGUGGGGGACGUGCACGCGCGGCUCCGGCAGACUUUAUACAGCGCUAGUCACUUUUAUUUCCACAAAGGGGUCCCUGAGCACCAGUAGUGUGGGACGAGCACAAAAAUAACGGGAGACGCCUUUCAGUCUACCAACAAUCAUAACCAUGUUACAGAGCAUGAGGCAAAUAUCUCGCCCCCUUACCGCUUACAUGACCUAAACGAUCAGCCCUGAUAUUAUCUAUAGUGUUUAAAUACAAAAAACAGCAAACGGUGUUAACCUGCAUGUUUUAAUCUACAACAACCCCCAACCCCCCACACCCCCCAACCCCACUAGGGAAAUUAGUCUUAUUAUGCAACUUAUGUACUUGUGCAUGUGUUAGGCUGUGCGAAGCGUGCAGCUACAGUUAGCCACUUGAAGCUAUGCCUCUUUUUUCCUCUCCCAUCAGUUCAAGUCUAGAAGCUUAGGAUUAGCUGUGAAGUGGUUGCUGUGUUCAUGGACUCUGUGAGUUUUCACUUAUUUUGUACAUACAGUAGGCUUUCGCGUAUUAGCUUUCAGUUCCUAUGAGUAAUUACAACAGUGGCCUUUUUAGAACAUGUAGCUUAAGUAAGGUUUUUAUUAUUAUUAUUAUUAUUAUUGUAUUAUUGUAUUAUUAUUAUUUGUUUCCUUUAUGAGCCAUUUCUCCAAAGAUCAUGCUGGCCAAUCCGAAUGUAAAUCCAUCACGUAAACAUGACCGAAUGUAAAAAUAAAAGGCUCACGAGAAAGUCA